AUGGCGGAUGAACUUAUGGAAUCACCAGAGCACCUGGAGGGAAUUGCCCAACAGGAUGACUGUGUCCAGCCCUCAGAGCCAGAUCCUCAGGUUGGCAAUGACCCUAGUAGUGUGAAUCAAGACGCGGUUGUGCCGCCCCCAGUUGUGGAGCCCUCAGAAGUCGGUCCCUUGGAUUAUGCUGUCCCAGCACCAAUGAAUGUUGAUGACAAUGAGAUGGGUGAUGACAUUGCGGAUAGCCCUGAACUUGGUAAUGGGGGUAUUCAAAUGGGGGAUGGAAAUGAGUGGGUAAAAGGGAGAUUUGAGGAACUGGAUGUGAUCGAGCGUCCAUACGGACCAGUGAAAACUUGGAAAGAAAAUCUGCAGGAGAGACAGAAAGUGAGAGAAUCGGUGAAGGCUCAGGCCACCAAACCAUUUUCUAAAUUGAGUCAUGGCCAGGCUCCGGCCGACGGCAAAAAGAAGUUGAGUCGGUUUGAUGUGUUCUUGCAAGAGCGACAACCACCGGCAGUUCAUGAUGUUUUCUUUUCGGAGUGUCAAAUGCUGCAGGAGCUAGAAGCUCUUGAGACUGAGGGAUUUCGAAAGUGUCCUGUUGGUUUUCAUGAGGUUGCCUGCCAACACUGCAAUUGUGUACAUAAACGCAUUGCUCUUGUGGCAGGAGUAGAUGAACCUGUGGAGAGGGAAAACAGCAUGACUAAAGAAACGACCAAAACGGCCAAGGAAUACAAAUUUCACAAGUUGACUUCAGAUGAACAGAAACAGUUUCGGGCAGCCAUGAAUAAGGAAUGGCAAAGUUUCCUUGACCUGAAAGCAGUCAAGAUCAUUCCAGCUCACCAAGCCCGUGACAUCCCGCGCGACCGAAUCUUGCCGACCCGGUUCAUUUUGACCAACAAAGAUGACACUGGCAAAACUCUCAUUUGCAAGGCCCGAAUGGUUUGUGGAGGUCACUUGGAUCCAGACAUCAGUCUCCUUCGAACAGAUGCACCGACAGCUGACACCAUGGGGGUGAACUUGGUCUUCCUUUUGGCCUCUUGCUACAAGUGGGUCUUGCAAGGUGGCGAUAUUUCUACUGCCUUUCUUUCGGGUGUGUUUGAUCAUCGGGCCCUGUAUCUCAGACCCCCCAAAGAAGGGUUGCUUGGAGUCAAAGAUGGGGAAGUUCUUGAAAUGCAAAAGGGAGUGUAUGGACUUUGCAACGCUCCCAGGUUGUGGUGGCGACGACUUCGACAAGUCUUAACCGAAGUAGGAUUCGAAGAAAUGAGAAUGAUGCAAUGUGUCUUCAUGUACUGGGCUCGUGAUGCUCAGGGGAACAAACGCUCUCUCAUGGGAGUUCUGGCUGUGCACGUGGAUGAUCUCGUCAUCGCUGGUUGCUCUACCCUUGAACCUAUUUUGGGGAAGCUCAAAGAGAAGUUGACUUUUGGAAAAUGGUUCGUUCGUGAGUUCGAUUACCUGGGGAGACAUGUGAAACAGCGAAAUGAUUUCUCAAUUGAAAUUUCACAACCUAACUACCCAGAGAAAAUACCGAAGGUGCCAAUCACAAAAGAACAGCUUUCUCAGGAAGAUGCUGAGGUCACUGAGGAAACACGUGCAGACCUGAGGAAAACGGCUGGAGCAGCCUGUUGGCUAGCGAAGUCAACAAGACCAGAUUUGAGUUUUGAAGUCAGUUUUCUGCAGCAGAGUUUGUCGCAGGCCACAUAUGGAACUGUGAAACAUGCCAACACCUUAGUGCGGAGAUCUCAGCAGUUUCAGUAUUCUCUUUUGAUUCCAAGCAUCGACCUUAGCAAAGCCACUGUAGUUGCAGUCAGCGAUGCUUCUCCGGGGAAGAUGCCCCGACAGGGUUCUCAAGGGGGGAUGUUUCUGUUGGUCACCACUCCUAACAUUGUUGAAAAACGGGUUCCUGUGGCUUGUAUGUAUUGGCUUUCCCACCGUUUGAAACGCAUUGCCCGAUCUUCCAUGGCUACUGAGAGUAUGGCUUUGUGUGAAGCAGUUGAACAUGCUGAGUUUCUUAGGGCUUGUUUGUGUGAGUUGUUGAACCCCCAGUUCAAUUUUCGGGACUGGGAACAAAGCACUUUGGUGCUGCCUUUGAUAGCAGCAACAGACUGCAGAUCAGUGUAUGAUCAUAUUUCGGCAGAACGUGGUUUGCCGAGAGAUCGAAUCUUAGCACUGGAUCUUGCAGCCUUGCGAGCAGUUUUCGAAGCCCAACUCCGUGAAGGUGCAGAGGGCAGGAACGCAACUCUUCGUUGGUUGCCAGGCCCACACAAUUUGGCCGAUGGGUUGACCAAGUAUGUGGCCAUGCAGUCAUUGAUUAUCAGCGUGAUGAGCCAAGGACUGUAUACAUUGGCUGACGAGGAGACUCUUAUGCACCAAGCAAACUCCUUCGAUGGCCAUGGACUGGAGGUUGGGGGCCAGGCAGCCGCGAUAAUGGCAGCCGUUGCCAUUGCCGUUGGGGGUGGUUGGGCCUGGCGGCCCAGGGGUGCCAAAGAGGCCCACCACUUUCUGCCGGACUUGGAGCUGGAGGCGUUGAAAUCGGAUGAUGCCACAGUGAAAGGUGGCGUUGAGAGGCCCAUUUCAGGCGCAAUUGAUGCCAUUCAAGAUGGCAUCAACGACCUCAAGGCGCAAUUGGAGAAAUCUGCCAAUUUCGUCACCGAGGCGAUCAAAGCUGCCUUUUUCACAAGGAACAAGAGCCUGCUCGCCAUUGUCGAAGAUCAUGAAAGUAUGAAGGAGACUGAGGAAACAACUCAGCAUGAUGAGCAUCUCCGGAGGUAUGGAGGUCGCUUGUUGGGUGGCUCGGAGUGUGAUCGCGCCAAAGCUGCCAGCGCUCAAGAGACCUUGGUGCGUCAAGCCACGGUCCUGGACGGCUGCCUGGAUGGAGGGCAGUACCUGCCGGUCUUCUACAUCUUGAAGGAUGAAUUGAUCUUGAGUCCUGUGAAUAUCUCCCUGACCAUGGGCUUCACUGCCAUGCCCUUCAUCUUGAAGCCUGGAUUGGCAGUUGCCAGUGAUCGUUUGCCGAUCUUUGGAAGGAAAAGAACUCCAUAUUUGGCUGGAAGCAUGAUCCUGGUAGCUGGCACCUAUGCGGGUGCUAGCCUGGCUCAAUCCUAUAGCAGUUUGUUGGGCUUUCUUUCCCUGAACACCUUUGGGCGCUGUUUGAUGUCUGCCGUGCUGCAAGGCAUGGUGGUGGAGCUUGCACGGCAGGAAGGCAAAGAAGUCUCUGCCGUGGUGGGCGAUUUCUUCGGGUUGAAAACCUUCGCUGCUUUGUUUAGCGCGCUCUUCAGCAGCAUGGUCAUCGGCAGGUUGGGGUCUCGCUCAGCCCUGCGCGUUUGCGCCAUGGCACCCUUGGUGAUGCUGGCGGGAAUUGGUCGCUGCGAAAGGGAAGGUGGAGAAUUGGCCUUUGUCCUGUCAGAUCAGACGCAGGCCUGGGCUGCACGGAGUCCUAUGAGUGUCCCAGCUCCCUUGAGUGAGACCAGCAGCUUGUCGGAACUUCUACAAUGUGUCAGAAAUCCUGCACUGUGGGGCCCCCUGCUGUUCCUGGUGGUCUAUAGUGCAGGCCCUGGCUAUGACGAUAGCUUAUAUUUUUUCUACAUCAAUCGCCUGAGAUUUCGCCCUACCGCUGUGGGACGCUUGAAGAUGGCACAAGAGCUGGCAAAACUCAUUGGGAUCCUGGUCUACCGCUACGCCUUGCGUAGCAUCCCCGACCGGGAACUGGUCUUUGGCCUCACGGCGGUCAGUCUGCCAUUGUACCUGACGCCUCUGCUGCUGACCACCGGAGCUUACCACAGCAUUCCGGUGAGUCCACAGACCCUGGCCGUUUCGGGGGAGUUGGUGAGGGAAGUGGUGCUUCACAUGCAGUUCCUUCCAGUCUUCUCUCGCUUUGCGGAUAUGGGGCCCCAGGGGUUGGAGAGCACCAGUGUGUCCCUGCUCUACGCAAUGCUGCAGACCUCGCGGGCGAUGAAUAAGGUGACCUCUGCCGGCAUGUCGCACCUUCUUGGAGUCACAGCUCAUAACUUUCAUCACCUUUCGUUGUUGAUCAUCCUCUGCGGUGCCUGUGCCACCCUGCCGUUGCCGCUGGCCCAGUUCAUCCCAGAAAACGCCACCUGGGCCCAUCGUUUGGCGACGGAGAGGGAGGAGAGCCUGGCGGCUGCCAGCGAGCAGCUUCCGGCGCCGGGUGGGUUGCGUAGUUUGGGGAUGGAGCGGAUGGAGGAGGACCAGGAGGAGUUCAUGGAGGUUCGUUUGCCAGCGGCGUGCCGUGAGAGUGACGCUGAAGGUGGCCAAAGAUGCACUGGACAGCGUGAGGCUCGAGUGAACAUGCCAAUGUUGGGUGUCUCCCGCCUUUGUUUACAGCUCAGUCAGCAUUGUCAGCACCUGCGGCGGCUCAGCCUCUCGGAUGUUAUGAUCGGCUGGGAUGGCGAGACUGCUGGAGCUUCUUUGGGCAGCUUGGUCACGGUGCUCAAGAUGAAAAACCUGGACGUCAGUUUCAACGCCCUCCAUGGGCAAGGUGCCGUUGAGUUUCUGAAGAGUUUGCCCAGCUCAAGGUUGAGUUGCUUGGACAUGAGCUGGAACUGUUUGGGCAAGGGGGCGCAGAGUAGAUCCGUGGCAGAAGAGAUGUCACAGGUCUUUCAGCGCUGUGGCAGCUUGCAGCAUUUGGACGUCUCCUACAACAGCUUCCAAAGCCAGGAGCUGGAGAUUUUGGCCAAAGGUCUCGCCGCCAACCGCACACUGUGGGGCCUACACAUCGAUGGGAGCGGAGCUGUAGUGGAUGCGGAUGCCUUCCUGAUCCCUCCUGCGGAGUUCAAACCGGAAAGCAACGACCCCAGGGCACAAAGUGGCCGUAGGAAGAAGAGUAAAUCAAAGACCGCCCGAAAGCAGUCGAAAGCACCGAAGAAGGAGGCCGAGGCCGAGAUCUCGGUGGCUGGCACCUUGCUGUCACCCCAGGAGCUCGAGGUGAGAAUGCAGGCUCUGCAAGGGCAGAUGGAACUACAGGAUCUCAUUCAGGAGUACCACCAACGUGUCGACCAGGAGGAGAAGGACCAGAUGGAGACGGCUCGGAGGCAGACGACCAACUUGGCCCUAAUGGAUGCUGCCGAAAUCGAAAGGAUGCCGGUGUCUAUGCCAGAGCUGAUUCGAAGGUUGAAACCAUGUCAAAAGAUGAGCCCCAGGAGCCAAGAUGAAAUGCUGCAAUCGCUGACCUCUGAG